AUGGCCUUCGGUGGCAUCACAGGCGUCAUUUCUUCAGAACAAACCGAUCCUGACGAUUUGGGUCCACUGCCAUCUAUUCACAUGCAAAGCAGGGAAGCUGCUGACAUGCAGGAUAUGUACCGCCGGACUUUGGCUGCUUCUUGGAACUCUCGCUCGGACGACGUACCUGCGGAUAAGCUAGUUGAGGACCUUUUCUCAGGAAGUAUUAGCUGGAGCAACGAAGUUCAUGGUCUUCAAUCGGCCGAGGCUAAGGGAGGUGAACAUCUCCCAUCUAUCGGUGCAGCUACGAAAAAUACAUCGGCGAAUAGACUUUCGCCCAAUUUUGAAAGACGACCAAAAAGCUCCUCAAGCAACCAGUUCCGCAUUGACGCAAUGACCACGAACUCUCGGAGUUUGAUGUUCGGGAGGACCUAA